CGCGCCGCGGCAGGGAGGGGCCGGCGGAGGCGGAGCCAGUGGCGGCCGAGGCUGGCGGCUCCCGCGCGGCUCCGGGUCACCGAGCCUAGAUCCCGGCGCGGCGAGGUCAUAAGCAGAUUCAGGUUAUGUGUGUUCAUUGCUGAGUGACUCCUACCCCGCCCCACAAACUGCAGGGACAGCUGGGGACCUGCCAGGCACAGGCAUGCCAGUGCUGUCCGAAGACUCGGGUUUGCAUGAGACCCUGGCACUUCUGACCUCUCAGCUCAGGCCUGACUCCAACCACAGGGAGGAGAUGGGCUUCUUGAGGGACGUCUUCAGUGAGAAGAGCCUCAGCUAUCUGAUGAAGAUUCACGAGAAACUCCGCUAUUACGAGAGGCAGAGCCCUACCCCUGUCCUGCACAGUGCCAUGGCCCUCGCGGAGGAUGUGAUGGAGGAGUUGCAGGCCGCCUCCGUGCACAGUGACGAGAAGGAGCUGCUGCAGCUGCUGUCCACCCCCCACCUCAGGGCUGUGCUCAUGGUACACGACACAGUUGCCCAGAAGAACUUUGAUCCUGUUCUGCCCCCUCUGCCCGAUAAUAUCGACGAGGAAUUUGAGGAGGAGUCGGUGAAGAUUGUUCGCUUGGUGAAAAACAAGGAGCCCCUGGGUGCCACUAUCCGGAGAGAUGAGCACUCAGGGGCCGUCGUGGUGGCCAGGAUCAUGCGAGGGGGCGCGGCGGAUCGGAGCGGUCUGGUGCAUGUCGGUGACGAGCUCCGGGAGGUGAACGGGAUCGCUGUCCUGCACAAGCGUCCAGACGAGAUCAGUCAGAUUCUGGCCCAGUCCCAGGGAUCCAUCACCCUCAAGAUCAUCCCUGCCACCCAGGAGGAAGACCGCUUCAAAGAGAGCAAGGUGUUCAUGCGUGCCCUCUUCCACUAUGACCCUCGGGAGGACCGUGCCAUCCCCUGCCAGGAGGCAGGCCUGCCCUUCCAGCGGAGGCAGGUCCUGGAGGUGGUGAGCCAAGACGACCCCACCUGGUGGCAGGCCAAGAGAGUGGGAGACACUAACCUUCGAGCUGGCCUCAUCCCGUCUAAGCAGUUCCAGGAGAGGCGGCUGAGCUACCGGAGAACGACAGGCACCCUGCCAAGCCCCCAGAGCUUCAAAAAGCCCCCCUAUGAUCAGCCUUGUGACGAAGAGACCUGUGACUGUGAAGGGUACCCCAAAGGGCACUAUGUGGCUGGUCUUCGGAGAAGCUUCCGGCUAGGCUGCAGGGAGCGGCUGGGUGGCUCACAAGAGGCAAAGGUGGCUGCAGGAGCCGAGUCUCAGGAGCUGCUGACCUAUGAGGAGGUGGCCAGGUACCAACAGCAGCCUGGGGAGCGGCCCCGCCUGGUGGUUCUGAUUGGGUCUCUGGGAGCCCAACUGCAUGAGCUGAAGCAAAGGGUGGUGGCCGAGGACCCCCAGCACUUUGGUGUCGCAGUUCCACACACCACCAGACCCCGGAAGAGCCAUGAGAAGGAAGGGGUGGAGUAUCACUUUGUCUCCAAGCAAGUGUUCGAGGCUGACUUGCAUCAUAACAAGUUCCUGGAACACGGUGAAUAUAAGGAGAACCUCUAUGGGACCAGCCUGGAGGCCAUUCAGGCUGUUAUGGCCAAAAACAAAGUUUGCUUGGUGGAUGUAGAACCAGAAGCACUAAGACACCUGAGGACCCCUGAGUUUAAACCCUAUAUUAUAUUUGUAAAACCUGCAAUUCAGGAGAAAAGGAAGACGCCGCCUGUGUCUCCAGAUUCUGAGGGCACAGCAGCUCGGCUUGAUGAACAGCAGCAAGAGAUGGCCGCCUCUGCUGCCUUCAUUGAUCAGCACUAUGGGCACCUGAUUGACGCUGUGCUCGUGAGGGAGGACCUGCAGGGCAUCUGCAGCCAGCUCAGAGCGGUCCUAGAGAAGCUGAGCAAGGACACUUACUGGGUACCCAUUGAUUGGGUGAGGUAACUUCACCCCAUAGCAUCCCGUCUGGCCGGACCUUGAAGACCGCAUUGUCUAGCCUCCCUCAUGUGUUGUCAAGUACAGAGAGGGGCAGGACUUCCCACAGACUGUCGUUACUGAGUAUUAGUGGGAAGCCUUGUUUGGCAUCGGCAGGAUUUCCCACAAAUGGUCGUCCCUUGGUAUUAGUGGGAAGCCUUGUUUGGUGUUGGAUUUUUGUCUGUCUUUUUGCACUGCUCCCCUUCACGAGUUGAGUUGAAAGGGGCAGUUCAUAGAAUAACAUGUCAUCCAUUAAAAAUCUCGUAGGCAAGUUGGCCUUGAUCCUUUGUACCAAAGCUAUGUAGCCACUGUCUUUUGGGGGUGGUGGUGGUGAUGGUGAAUUUAUAUAGUGAUUCACAGUGAUGAUUCAGCUUUAUAAAUACGACACUUCUCUGGCCCAACUUUGUUGGGAAUUGUUUUCCCCAAGGGGAUCUUCUGUGCACAUGACUGUCUUGCAGCACUGAAAUAUUACUUAAAUUUUUUUUUGGUAGUGCUUGCCUGGUGGUAGAGAAAUUGGUUCCCUGCCUUUCCACAUAGUUCGUAUACGUGAUGUUUUUCCUGCAAGACAGAGGCACACGUAACAGUCCACAUGGCCCAUUAGUCGGUUCUACCAUGCAGCAGUGCCUUCGGGGACUCUUGAGGAAUGUCAGGCUGCCUGUCCCCUUUCUGAAUACCCCCACGCCCCUGAAAUGAGUCCUUGCUGUGUUUGAUUUGUCCUGUAAUAUCAGCUCUCUGUCAUUAUGCCUUGGUCCUAGGCUUUCUGUUUUCAGUUUGGGGUUCCUGUUGUGCUAGAUUGUGGGGAAUCAGAUGACUUCCAUCUGUCAAAGCUGUCUCAGCCACAAUAAAUCAGUCCUGUCUAAAAGUG